CGUCCGCUCAGUUACGGAGAGCUCCUGCUUCUGUUUCUUCUGUUUCUUGUCACUGAACGGCUUCCCCCCCGAACUAAAACCAAAACCAGUCCAGUCCCCCGGGCGCCUAUUUCUCGAACGAACACAUCUCUCCAAAAGCACCUGGCACCUCGGCCUUCUUCCGAGAAACACCAACCAGCACAGCUCGAAUAUCCGAGGUCAUUCCCAGCCCUUUUUUUAUCCCGCAACCUGCCGCAUUUUCCCCAUUCCUCGCUUGGCUCCAUUCCCAAGCAUCUACCCCGUACCAUCCAUUAAACCUCCCACCGCACCUCGCAUCCCCCGCGAAGAAGCACCCUCCUCCCUUGGUCAGGGCCCCUUUCUGUCAUCACAAGUAGCAGAGCCAUGGUUGCCGUCGCCACUAUGCCCGCCCCCAUCGGGGAGCCCCAGAGGCUGGAGAAGAAGCCCGUCAAGUUCUCCAACUUGCUGUUGGGCGCCGGUCUGAACAUGUUCGAGGUCACCACUCUUGGCCAGCCGCUCGAGGUCGUCAAGACCACCAUGGCUGCCAACCGUGGCGACGGCUUUGGCACCGCCCUGGGCCGCAUCUGGGGUCGUGGAGGUGUCUUUGGUUUCUACCAGGGUCUCAUUCCCUGGGCCUGGAUUGAAGCCUCCACCAAGGGCGCUGUCCUGCUCUUCGUCGCCUCCGAAGCCGAGUACUACGCACGCAACGCUGGCGCCUCCGAGUUUGGUGGUGGCAUCAUCGGUGGUAUUACCGGUGGUGUUGCUCAGGCCUAUGCUACCAUGGGUUUCUGCACUUGCAUGAAGACGGUCGAGAUCACCAAGCACAAGGUUGCCUCCACUGGCGUCCCGCCUCCCAGCACCUUCCAGACCUUCAUGGGUAUCUACCGCAAGGAGGGUAUCAAGGGCAUCAACAAGGGUGUCAACGCCGUCGCCAUUCGCCAGAUGACCAACUGGGGUUCCCGUUUCGGUCUCUCUCGUCUGGCCGAGCAGGGUAUCCGCGACUUUAGAGGCAAGAAGGAGGGCGAGAAGCUCCUCGCCUGGGAGAAGAUUCUUGCUUCCGGUAUCGGUGGUGGUCUGUCCGCCUGGAACCAGCCCAUCGAGGUCAUUCGCGUCGAGAUGCAGAGCAAGAAGGAAGACCCCAACCGACCCAAGAAGAUGACGGUCGGAAACACUUUCCGUUACAUUUACUCCACCAACGGUGUCUCUGGUCUCUACCGUGGUGUUGCUCCUCGUAUUGGUCUCGGCGUUUGGCAGACGAUUUGCAUGGUUGCUUUGGGUGAUAUGGCCAAGACUUACGUCGAGAAGCUCACCGGCGACAAGGUCACGGCUAAGCAUUAAGAUGGCGUUACAUGGGGGAAACUAUACCAAUACCUGGAAAGGUCGUUGGACUGAGGAUGGGGCUGGCUGGCUAACCUGGUCAAAGGCGGACUCCGUGUGGGGGAGCUGCUGUAGCAUACCUUACCGUACCGAUAUCACGGAUGAACCCCGCCGUGGCCCCGUGCGAGUGACAUCCCCGGGGCUCAGCGUCUGUAUCUGUUCUUCAUCUGGCUUUAUGCUUAUCUUAGAGAUUACUCGUUAUGGGCUGCGCUUCGCGCCCUUGGAACUAUAUACAAAAGAUUCGUGGA